AUGAAAGAAGCUGGUUAUGCUGAUGAAUUGAAAAUUCUUGAAAAGUUCAAAGAUUCAAGGAAUGAAUGGUUUGUGAAAGAGGAGAAAAAGAAGAAAAGUAGAAAAUCAACUCCAAAAGUUCAAGCUGAGGAGGGUUCUUCAUCACAACCUAAGAAACGUCAAAAGAAGAAUGUGGAAACUAUGUUGGUCGAUGAACCAGAUGAAGAAGAACCAGUAACGAAUGUUGAAGAAACUCAGGAAUCUGAUAUUGAUGACGUGUUGAAAAAUAUUGAAUAUGACUUGGAAGCAGAUAAAGUAGUUCAUAAAGGAGUUGGUGCUGAUGAAGAUAAGAGUUCUUCUAGUUCUGAAUCUGAAGUUGAUGAAACAGAGCGUAUGAAGAGAAUUCAAGCUGAAAUUGAAAAGGAAAAGCAGCUGAAAAGAAAGAGGAGACAGGAGAAAGAUGAUGAUGUGUAUGUUCCAUCUCCUGAACAUGUAACAGAAUCUCAAACGCCUCUGUCUGGUGGUAGGAAGAAGGCGAGUGCUAAAAAGAGUGUAGUUUCUCCAAGAGCUGCAAGCAAGAAAUUGAUUUUGAGGUUGCCUAAACGUACACCAAAAACAAAACAAAGUCAACCACCAUCACCACCCAAAUCACCACAUCAAUCUCCUCCAAAACAACCUACACCACCAAGACAACCAACACCACAUCAAUCACCAUUUCAUCUAUCACCACUACCUCAAUCACCACCACAUUUAUCACCUCAACACCAAACACCUAUCCAAGAAAAACUUGUUCUUACUUCUCAACAAAUUUUUCAAACACCACCACCCUCUCAACCACGUGUACAACUCACUCCCGGAUCUUCAAGUUUUAAACAUUUUCCAAAUGUUCCAGGGAAUAUUAGUCUUGAUGAGAUUGGAGAUUUCGGAUUUGCAAACGAUGAGCAAGUAAAGAAAUUGGAAAAGAAGAUGGAUGAUGUAUUGGUUGAGAAUAAAAGACUGGUAGAUCGUGAAAAGAUACUCGAGAUGCGUGUUAAGAAAGUUGAAUCUGAAAAUAAGUCAUUGCUAAAGAAAAUUGAAGCAGAUCAGACAGAGAUUGAUAUUCUAAAAGUUAAAGUUGCAGAGUUAGAAGAAGAAAAAGAACGACGUGAUGAGCAGAAUAAGUAUUUUGAGUUAAAAAACAAAGAAUUAGAAGCUGCGAAAGCUAUGAAAGAACAUGAGAUCUAUAUGAUGAAUAAAGUGCUGGAAAAUAUGCUUGGUAAGUCUGUGGAGCAAAGGUUUGAAGAGAUAGAAGUAGAGGAAGUUAGAGCAAAACAUCAAGCUGAAAUUGAUGCUGAAAUGAAGUUUAAAGGCAAAGGUGUUGAAGGUUCUGAGGUUUCAGAAAGAUCAAUUGUUCCAUCCACUAUACCUGAAUCUCCUAUUCAGAAUCCUCGUCCUAUAUCUGCUGUGUCAGCUAUCUUUGAGGAAGAUGUGUUACUAGAAGAUGUUAUUAAUGACGAAGGAGAUGAUGAAGAGGAUGAUGAGGAAGAGGAUGAUGAGGAUGAUGACGAAGAGCAUGAUGAGGAAGAUAAAGUUGAUGAUGCAGAUGAUGUAUUCUCUGCAAGCAGUCAUAGUGACGAUGGUGAUGAUGAUGAUGAUCAGGGAGGUACUGGUAUCAAAGUUACUGAAGCGUCAGAUGAACAGAAUGUUGAUGAUUAUAUGCAUGAUGAUGCGAAUGAAGAUCAUGAGAGUGCUGAAGGUGAGGGGGAGCACGUGGAUGAUCAAAAUGUUGAUAAAGUUGAAAAGUUAAUUCUGCGUUUAGAGCCUGAAGUUGAAGAAGGAGAAUUCAGGCAUGUCUACACCAUGAAUGAUAUUAAAGAGAUGACACGUAUUGCUGAUCCUGAUUUCAAAUUUGAUUUUGAAGAAGAAUUAAAUGCUUUCGAUAUCAACCAACAACCUGACUAUGAGUAUAAGUAUGUUGAAGAGGCAGACGUCUAUGAUAGGGUUGAGGUUGAAGAUUGUACUGAUGAAGAAAAUGUGAAUGAAGACAUUUCAAAUUUUCCAACUCUGGUUGAGUUCUUCAGUCAAGAGAACAGAGAUGAACUGAGGAGAAAAGUUGCUGAAAUUUUGAAAGACAAAAACUUUGAUUGUACUACGAAAAAUCCACAGCAAAGAACGCAAGAAAUGGUUCCGUAA